CGUCUUCAUCUUCCUUCAUUCUUUUCUACAUUCCUCUCUCGACGACGACUCUUCUAUUACCUCUUCUAUUGUCCACUCUAUUGUCCACUCUAAUGUAAUUAUAUUCCUUCGUUAACAUGCUGCGUCCCUGGAUCUGUCGCUCUUGUCGACUCCAACGCCAGCAUCGUCGCUUCGUCACCACCUCCUCCUCGCUCUCCUACGCCUCUGCCUCCCCCUCGACUGUCUAUUCCUCCGUUUCGAAAUCGUCCGAUGAUGAUACCCUACGCCAGGUCUUCGAUUCCCAGUCGUUCUGGCGCGAUUUUUCCCAAUCCUCCUCCUCCUCGUUCUCCCUCAACCGCAAACCCACCGGUCUCGUCCAGAAUCAGUACUUGACCAGCCCCGACGGAUUCCGCGCCUUUGCCCAGGACUCAUUGCAGAAAUGUCAGGCCAUCGUUGCCCGUGUGCUGGCUGCGUCCACGGUGGAUGAAUACCGGGCGCUGGUGCGACACUUGGACCGGCUGAGCGAUCUGCUGUGUCGCGUCAUCGAUCUGUCCGACUUCAUCCGCGGCAUUCAUCCGGAACCGCCCGUCCAGGAGGCCGCGGGCCAGGCCUACGCGCUCAUGUUUGAAUACAUGAACGUGCUCAACACUACUACGGGCCUCCAUGACCAACUACGGGCAGCUCUGGCCCAACCAGAGGUUACCUCCCAUUGGUCCGCCGAGGAGACCAUUGUCGCCCGCAUCCUACUGCAGGACUUUGCCAAUUCCGCGAUCCAUAUGCCCCCCAAUGAUCGCCAGCGCUUCGUCACUCUCUCCAACGAGAUCAGUCAGUUGGGGUCCGCCUUUGCCCAUGGGGCUGAACCCGCCCGGUCGCACGUGGUUGUGUCCUCGAACGACCUGCGGGGGUUGGAUCCGAUGCUCAUUCAGCAGAUCAAGCGCUGGAACCCCCGCUCCGCCGCAGUGCCCACGGUCGGGUUGAUCCCACGCCUGGCCUUGCGCUCAGUUCACAAUGCAGACGCUCGUCGCGAGAUCUACCAGGCUACUCGGACAGCUAGCUCGCGGCAGAUUGAGCGUCUGGAGCAGCUCCUGGCCAAACGCACCGAGCUAGCCCAGCUCGCGGGCUACCCGACCUUUGCGCAUAUGACUCUCAACGACAAGAUGGCCAAGACUCCCGCUGCUGUGUCGGAGUUCCUGACGACUCUUAUUCAGAGCAACCGUCCGGAUGUCCAGGAAGAACUUGCCCAGCUCCAGGCUGCGAAGGGUAGCCAAUUACAUCCCUGGGACCACGCCUACUAUGUCCACCAGCGUGUGCGUCAGUAUGAAACCGGCCAGCAGAUCCGUAAAUCACGCGAGUGGUCCGCCAUUCCCGAGUUCUUUUCCCUGGGCACUGUCAUGCAGGGCCUCUCGCGGCUUUUUGAUCGUCUGUACGGUGUUCGACUGGUGCCGCGUGAGACGGCCCCGGGAGAAACCUGGACGGGGGAUGUCCGUCGGCUGGACGUGGUGGAUGAGGCAAAUCGCCCACUCGCUGUCAUCUACUGCGAUCUGUUCUCCCGUCCGAACAAACACCCGAACCCGGCCCACUUCACUCUCCGAUGUGCGCGCGAGAUCACUCCCGAGGAGGUGGCUGAAUGCGCCGCAGUAGCCGCCGAGGACCCUAUGCUCGCUCAUCCCAAUGAUGGUAUGGCUACCGCCAUUGAUUCGCAAUCCCAAACACUCCGCCAACUCCCCACCAUUGCGCUGGUGUGCGAUUUCCCAGAGCCCGCCAGGGGGGGUCUCACGCCAUCCCUUUUAAGCGAACACAGCGUGCGCACGCUCUUCCACGAGAUGGGCCACGCUCUUCACUCGAUUCUCGGGCAGACGCGUCUGCAGUCCAUCUCCGGCACGCGUUGUGCCACUGACUUCGCCGAACUGCCGUCUGUGCUCAUGGAGCGAUUCGCGACCGAUCCGUCCGUGCUCGCUCUCUACGCGCGACACUGGCGAACCGACGAGCCUCUGUCCGAGAGCAUGAUCCGCCGAAUGGCCCAGGACCGGGCCGCGCACGGCGCCAUUUAUGGUGCGGUGGAAAACGAAGCCCAGAUCCUCAUGGCGCUCGUCGAUCAAGCGUACCACACAACCACCACCGAUAGUGCCUUCCUUGACACCACCCAGCUCUACCACCAGGUGUGUUCGACGCACGCCAGCCUUCCGGAUUCUGUGGACGUGCACGGCCGGCCGUCCACCUCCUGGCAGGGAUUCUUCGGGCACCUGUACGGGUACGGUGCCACGUACUACAGCUACAUCUUCGACCGGGCGAUCGCCAAUAAGCUCUGGGAAGACGUGUUCCAGGGUGGAGCAUCGGCCGUGGACCGGAACGCGGGUGAGCGGUACAAGAAGGAGGUCCUCCGCUGGGGUGGCGGCCGGAAUGGCUGGGAAUGCGUCGCUGGCGUGUUGGGGCCGCAGAACCCAUCCACAGCUAGCGGAAAACUAGUGGAAGGCGGCGAUGAAGCGAUGCGCGAAGUCGGUCGAUGGGGACUAGGCCGUGACGGAAUCUCGGGAUAACCAGCCCCCUUGGACUGGGGAAUAAUCAUAAUGAUAUACCUAACUAACAUAUACCUUAUAGUAUAGAGCUGCUAGAUGAUAGAUCCACAUCAGUUGCAUAUGCAUCUUACCAAGUGACCAUCAAUAACUGCCCCGUAU